GCGGCCGCUGCGGCCUGUUGGCGCGGUCGCCUGCAGCCUCGAGCGAGUCGAGCUAGGGGCCGUGGCGGUAGUGACGGGCGGGGAGCGCGUGUCCGGAUCCAUUCCCUAGUGGCCCGCGAUCAUGUCCCUGGGACAGCGGCUGGCCCUGCUGGCUGUCCGUCUGCAGGAGCCGCAGCGGGUGGCGAGCUUCCAGCGUCUGUGUGGGGUGGAGGCGCCGCUCGGCAGCCCCGCGGAGGGCGAGGAUGCGGAGAGCGAGGUUCGCGGGGCCGCGGGGAACCCUCGGCGACGGGGACAGCAGCCGGGCGCGGAGUGCAGCCCCGGCCCCGCCAAGCCCGACUGCUGCGGCGCCCCCAACGGCGUACGCAACGGGCUGGCUGCUGAGCCCGGCCCAGCCGGGCCCCGCCGCGCGGGUUCGCUGCGCCGCAACUCGCUGACGGGCGAGGAGGGGGGCGAGCUGGUCAGGGUGAGCAACUGGCCGCUCUACUACCUGUUCAGCUUAGGCACCGAGCUGGGCAACGAGCUCUUCUACAUCUUCUUCUUCCCCUUCUGGAUCUGGAACCUCGAUCCGUUCGUGGGCCGGAGGCUCGUGAUCAUCUGGGUGCUGGUCAUGUACCUGGGCCAGUGCACCAAGGACAUCAUCCGCUGGCCGCGGCCGGCCUCGCCGCCGGUCGUCAAGCUGGAAAUCUUCUACAACUCAGAGUACAGCAUGCCCUCCACGCAUGCCAUGUCCGGCACCGCCAUCCCCAUCGCCAUGGUUCUGCUCACCUACGGCCGCUGGCAGUACCCUCUUCUGUACGGGCUGAUUCUCAUUCCCUGCUGGUGUUCUCUGGUUUGCCUCAGUAGAAUCUACAUGGGAAUGCAUUCCAUCCUGGAUGUUAUUGCUGGGUUCCUGUAUACCCUUUUAAUCUUAGCUAUCUUCUACCCACUUGUGGACCUGAUUGACAACUUCAACCAAACUUACAAAUAUGCUCCGAUCAUCAUCAUCGGGCUUCACUUAGCUUUGGGCAUCUUCUCUUUCACUCUGGACACCUGGAGCACAUCCCGAGGAGACACAGCAGAGAUUUUGGGAAGUGGUGCUGGAAUUGCAUGUGGCUCUCAUGCUACUUAUAACCUGGGUCUAUUAUUAGACCCUCCUCUGCACACAUUACCUUUAGCCAGCCCCCCGCUUACUGUAACUCUGUUUGGAAAAGCCAUAUUACGGGUCGUCAUAGGAAUGAUAACUGUGCUGAUCGUGAGAGUUAUAAUGAAGAAGAUCACCAUUCCUUUAGCCUGUAAGCUCUCCAGUAUUCCGUGUGACGACCUUCGCCAGGCGAGGCAGCACAUGGAAGUGGAAUUGCCGUAUCGGUAUAUUACCUAUGGAAUGGUUGGGUUCUCCAUCACAUUUUUGGUUCCCUACAUAUUUUCCUUUAUUGGUAUCUCUUGAUGGAGAAAUAUUGUUUAUUAUAAGAAUGAGGCUACCAGUUAUAGUUAAAACUAUUCUCCAGGUAAAACUCGGAUCAGAGGUUUUUGCAAGAAUUUAACUUAAAUAAGUAUGUUCUGCAGCCAGUGCAUUUUAUCGUUGCACUCCAGAUGUUUUAGGUGGGCUGAGCUCUUUCAGUACUGAGAAGUGAUGUGCCCAUUUAGAAUGUUCACAAAAUGUUCGGAGAGUUCUGUGCUGUUACAAAUUGUAGUUAUAUAUAAUAUAUAUCAAGGUAUGCAGUGUGCAAGUGUGUAUCUAGUAUAUAUUAUAUAUAUAUAAUUAUUUACCUAAGAACUGUGGGGUGUAUUGAAAAAUCAAUAACAAUAUGCAGUUGUUCCCACAUUUUUGGAAUUAAUGUAGGCAUGUUGUUAUUAACAAAUAGGUUUAACGUUUAUUUCCUAUGGGAGCCAUUUCCUAGUUGAAUUGAUAAUUACAGAAUCCAUACGCUACCACAUACUGGUUCACUGCCUCUUACACUGCCAUCCCCUUUCCUGUUAUCCAUGACCUUGAUCAUGGGAGGCAUUUUUAAUGGACCAAGUUUUCAGGAAAUUUUUUUGUGAAUUUCUCUCUCUCUCUCUCUCUCUCUCUCUCUCUCUCUCUCUCUCUC